UCCAACAUAAAGAAGGAUAGCGAGCGCAUCAGUAGAAUGGAUCCAUAAAUUUAUUCAUGCCCGCCAGAUCCCUCGGGGAAAAUCACAGCCAUGUGACAUCAAGAUAUGAAACGCCAUUCCGUCGUUUGACGCAUGCAUGCCAAAUAAGCUUUCAUUCUGGUGUCUGUCCCGGACCCCCAACCCAACCUUUCUGGCGGCUGUAUUAUCGCAUCCAUCACACAACAACAACAACAAUCGAUCGAACGCGCAUUUCUUCGUGACUCUAAGGCAUGGCGAUGAACUAUAGUCACUUGACUGCUGUAGUGUGGCGGAUAGAACGACCUUACCAGCAGGCAUUGUAACCAGUACUGUUAUUCAUGUUCUAUUAUUAUCUAGUGCUUUUGAAAAUAAAAAUACAAUCUGGCCUAUUUUUUAAUCGAUCAAAGCUAUCAAUUUCUGCUAAGCUUGAUUUGAAUCUCCUGCUCCUCAAAAUUUUCAUUUGCUAUGUGACUUUAUUCUCGAUAAAACCAAAAAAUGAAAUUCGUUUUCAUCGUUCUAUCCGCCAGACUAACGUGAAGUGGCACGUAGUUCGCUUGUCAUGGUUUGUUGCUAUACAGUCAUUAUUCACUUUCUCCUCAGCACACCGGUACACACCACGCUACUCCCGGUAUUAUUAAAGCGCAAUAAUUGUGCGGCAUGUUCUUACAUUUUUUGCGACCAUCCAUACCGCAUCAUAUGGCGGGCCGCAGAUUUAAGCGUGACCGUUAUCGUAGGUAUUUUUUGCUAUGAUGUUCGCAAAUAUAAAAAAAAAAUCAUGCAAAACAAAGCUGCUUCGCGGUAUACAUGCCUUAGUUAUGAAAUCGAUAAUCGACCGCCGUCGUUAUUGUCGGCACUGCAUAAAUACAAACGGCUAAUGUGGCCCAAGUCUAGUACUGACUUAGAACCAAGAACAAACGUACCCAAGUCCCGGCACUGUCCCUUGGGGUUGCGAUGAUAUGACAGACACUGAAACGCAAUGCUAGGAUAGUACAUAGGGACACUAGAACUUGAGCCCCAUUGGUAAGACUGUUCAAAAUUGUUUGCUGCCAGCGUACGAGGCAGACGGCAGGUCGGCGUUCCGGCGAAAUAUGGGUAACGCGUGACGAUAUCCCAGGGGGCGACAUCGCGUGACAUGCAGAGUGGACGAAUCACGACCAUGACUAGAGAGAUUUCCACGCGUAGAUUUAGAGAAUUUGAAUUGCUCACGAACAAUGGCCCACCGCGGCUAGGUGAUUAAGAGUUUCAAACGCGAACGAUGGUUAAUGACCUGGUAGAAUAGUUUGCAGUAACGGUUUGGUUACGAGAUUUAGAGUGAGGGUGGAACAUUAGAUAGCAUUCAUCAUGCUGGAAGAAGAGUUAGAGAUUGCGCUGAAGGUGAUUGUGGUCGGCAACGGAGGCGUCGGCAAGACUUCAAUGGUGCAACGGUACUGCAAGGGUAUCUACACUAAGGAUUACAAGAAAACGAUAGGCGUGGAUUUUCUGGAACGACAGAUCGAGCUCGAUGGUGAAGAUAUUCGUAUCAUGUUGUGGGAUACGGCCGGGCAGGAGGAGUUCGAUGCAAUUACGAAAGCUUAUUACCGAGGGGCGCAGGCGUGCGUGCUGACUUUUAGCACAACAGAUAGGGCCUCCUUCGAGGCGAUCCGCGAAUGGAAAGUGAAGGUGGAAAACGAGUGCAGUGAAAUUCCGACCGUGCUAGUCCAGAACAAAAUUGACCUCAUGGAUAAGGCCGUGGUGUCGUUUGACGAGGCCGAGGCGUUGGCGCAGUCACUUGGCUGCCGGCUGAUACGGACCUCGGUGAAGGAAGACGUCAACGUGGCCAGUGUGUUCCGCUAUCUGGCCAACAAGUGCCACCAGCAGAUGAAGCAGCAGUACAGUGCCGCGACACCGAUCACGCAGCCAACGAUCAGUGCAUUUAGUCCCACUUUCCAGUCGAAAGCCACCAACAACACCAUCCAACUAACAAGGCCAUCCGUUAAACGAAAACCACUGCAGAAGAGGUGUGGAAUUUUUUAAACCGUACCGGGAGAUUCCAUAGCCGCACAUAGUAAGAAGUAUGUAGAAACGAUGAUGAUAAUGAUAGCAAUUGUUUAUUUAUCUGCGAGCUAAUUUUCUUCGGUCUGCCAGCUUUUCUCAGGCACGGUGACACUGGUUGUGCUCUCUUGUUAAUAAUUGUUAAAUUGCACGUCGGAAAUAAGUGGAGAGAUUGUUAGUAAUGUGUAGGUAUUUUCAUGUACUUAUAUUAUGUUUUAAUUGUAGGAACCGAAGCUGGAGACAGAGGUAGUUAGGGUUUAUAUGAAAUUUGUGCCGCUCAAACGAAUCUUAACAAAGACGUAGAUAUGUAAGAUUGAUUGGAUAAAAGAAGAAUGUUAGUGUUAGGAUAAUAUCUGUGAGAGAUGCGGUCAUUUCGAGAGUUUGUGAGUUGUGUUAUGUGAUUAUGUUUAGAGGUGGAAAAUCAAUCAUGAUUUUUCAAAUAAGCUUAAUUAAUGGACCAUUUAAAGGUUUGCUCAAACAUUAUAAAUUUUCCCAUAUGCUUUCUUGGAUCAUUCGCACUAGUUGUCACUUAUAUCUAAUUAUGAUUAUGUGAAAGAGUUUUCAAGAUAGCUACUUAAAAAUCUAGGAACCACUUGUAGGGAGCAUAAGAUUGAGUAAUUUCAGCAAAAUUAAUGUUUAUAUGCUUGCUCGCAUACUACUUCUCAAUGACGAAUCCGAUUUACAUCAAAAGGUGCAUUAAUUAUGUUUAUGAAUGAGUUUGAGUAAGCUAUUUUCUGCGUCUUUUUCAAAUUUUUCGUUUUUUUAACCUUUGAUCGUGGUAAAGCUCGUUGCGUAAAACCAAAGGUUUGAAGUAAAAAUAAACUGUGUCCGUUUUGAUUUUUUAUAAACAUGAUGGUUACUAGUGCCGCAACAAUUUAUCAAAUUAACUUUAAAUAACGAAUAUUGUGGCAUUUACCACAAAUGAAAGCAGUGACUUCUUCUUGCUAUUUAGGACUGCUAGUGGAAAGGAAUACAGUGUUGACCCGAUUUAGUCACUCCCCGAUUUGGAUUACAUUGUUAUCUGGCGUUCUGAUAUAAUUGAAAAAAUCGUUGAAAUACUUUUUCGGAUGUUGUAGGCCGUCCAAACUCAGCGAGCUUGGUAGUCAUAUGGCUACUGCUUCUGCCUCAUACGCAGGAGGUCGUGGGUUCAAUCCCAGGUCCGUUCCAUUCUCCUACUUUGUAUCUUUCUCUUUAUUUCUCAUGUUCUAGCAAUCGCUAGAACUGGAAAUGGACUUCCAUACCGUUUCCAUUACUAUUCCUAUACCUUCAACUUGAGUAUUCUAACAGUAAUCUGCUAGAAUUGGAAAUGAACUAUAGAGCUCGUUUCCUACAUCC